AUGCGUAUUCGCCUACAGCCUCGCAGGAGACCACAAGGUAAGCGACCCCCAGGUAAGCUGAAUGUUGCUUUGUUGUCUUUGCCUGCUCACCGUCUCCAUUUCAGCAAUGAGCUAGCUCAACGGCUAGACAACCUUCCUAUCGCUGCCGCCGCCGACAACGCCGCCGCCGCUGUCGAGAAAGCCUCCGUGGAGAACCGCUGGUGUCAACUGCGAGACACGGUCCAGUCGACGGCGCUCGCCGUCCUCGGUCGCGCUCCCCGCCAACACCAGGACUGGUUCGACGACAACGACGCCGCCAUCAGAAAUCUGCUAGCUGAGAAGAACCGCCUACACAAAGCCUACGUAGAUCAUCCCACUGAUGCCACCAAAGCUGUCUUCUACCGUAGUCGCCGCCAACUUCAGCAACGAUUGCGCGAGAUGCAGGACGCCUGGACUGCUCGCAAAGCUGAGGAGAUCCAAGGGUACGCGGACCGCAACGAAUGGAAGAACUUCUUCUCUGCGAUCAAAGCUGCCUACGGUCCGCCGACGAAGGGCACCGCUCCUCUCCUCAACGAAGACGGCAACACUCUCCUGACUGAGAAGACGCAAAUCCUGCAGCGAUGGGCCGAGCAUUUCCGAGGCGUCCUCAACCGCCCCUCCGUCAUCUCCGACGCCGCCAUCGAGCGUUUGCCGCAAGUGGAGACCAACUUGGACCUCGACCUCCCGCCAUCUCUCCAGGAGACCAUCAGGGCCGUGCAGCAGCUCUCCAGCGGGAAAGCACCCGGAUCGGACGCGAUCCCUGCUGAGGUCUACAAGCACGGAGGUCCCCAACUAAUGGAUCACCUGACUGCGCUCUUCCAAGAGAUGUAGCGUCAAGGUGAAGUCCCGCAAGAUUUCAAAGACGCAACCAUCGUGCAUCUCUACAAGCGCAAAGGGAAUCGCCAAGUCUGCGACAAUCACCGCGGCAUCUCCCUGCUGAACAUCGGCGGGAAGAUCUUCGCUCGCAUCCUGCUCAACCGCCUCAACAUCCAUCUGGAACAGGGCCUUCUACCGGAAAGCCAAUACAGCUUCCGUCGUCAUCGUGGGACCUCGGAUAUGAUCUUCGCCGCCCGUCAACUUCAGGAGAAGUGUCAGGAGAUGCGGACCCACCUGUACUCUACCUUCGUGGACCUGACGAAAGCCUUCGACACGGUGAAUCGUGAAGGACUGUGGAAGAUCAUGCAGAAAUUCGGCUGUCCGGAGCGGUACACUCAGAUGGUGCGUCAGCUGCACGACGGUAUGAUGGCGCGAGUCACGGACAACGGAGCUGUCUCAGAGGCAUUAGCAGUGACCAAUGGAGUGAAGCAAGGCUGCGUACUGGCGCCAACCCUCUUAAGUCUUAUGUUCUCUGCCAUGCUGAUGGACGCCUACCGCGACGAACGCCCCGGGAUCCGCAUCGCCUACAGGACGGACGGUCACCUAAUGAAUCAACGGCGGAUGCACUUCAAAUCGCGCGUAUCCACAACCACCGUGCACGAACUCCUCUUCGCCGACGACUGCGCCCUGAACACCACCUCGGAAGAGGAGACGCAACGGAGCAUGGACCUGUUCUCCGCCGCCUGCGAGAACUUCGGUCUGGUCAUCAACACACAGAAGACGGUGGUGAUGCACCAACCGCCACCCAACUCGGCCACAGCCUUCAACGCGCCGCCGCAAAUCAGCGUGAAUGGGACCCAACUGCAAGUGGUGGAGAACUUCUCAUACCUGGGCAGCACUCUCUCCCGCAACACCAAGAUCGACGACGAAGUCGCCAACAGGAUCUCGAAAGCCAGUCAAGCCUUCGGUUGCCUCCAAAGCACAGUUUGGAAUCGCCACGGUCUCCAACUGAGCACGAAGCUGAAGAUGUACAAGGCCGUCAUCCUGCCGACACUACUGUAUGGAACGGAGACUUGGACGUUGUACGCAAAGCAGGCACGUCGUCUGAACCACAUCCACCUCAGUUGUCUUCGUCGCAUCCUGAGGCUGAACUGGGAGGAUCGAAUCCCCGACAAUGAUGUGCUGGAACGGACGGGAAUCGUCAGCAUCUACGCCAUACUGAGGCAAAUUCAGCUGCGCUGGAGCGGCCACCUUGUGCGCAUGGACGACGAGCGACCACCCAAACGACUCUUGUACGGAGACGUCGCGACGGGUUCUCGCCGUCACGGAGGCCAGAUUCGCCGUCACAAGAAUACCCUGAAGUCCUCCCUGAAAUGCCUGCAAAUCAACGCCACCAACUGGGAGGAGCUCGCACUCGAUCGACCGACCUGGAGGAGAACAGUGAAGACAGGCGCUGCGAUCUACGAAGCCAACCGCAUCGCUGCCGCCAAAGCGAAACGUGAAGCCCGCAAAAUCACAACUUCGCCCAGUAAGCAACGUCGCCGCACAACCGUUUCCAACGUGUCCUCGAUCUCAACAGACAUUCCGGGCUAG